AUGGAAACAACCAAUGACAGUGCAGGUGGGGAUUUCAUCUUAGUGGGCUUCUCUGAGCACCCUGAGUUGGAGCUGAUCCUCUCCCUCUUUGUCCUGACAUUCUACACUAUAACUCUUGUGGGUAAUGUGACCAUCAUCCUACUCUCUAUCCUGGACACUAGACUCCACACACCCAUGUACUUCUUCAGAAACCUCUCUGUGCUUGACCUCUGCUUCACCACCAGCAUUGUGCCCCAGAUGCUGGUGAACAUGUGGGGAGGCAACAAGAAGAUCAGCUAUGUUGGCUGCAUGGUCCAAUACUGGGUGGCCUUGGCACUUGGCUCCACCGAGUGUGUGCUUCUUGCAGUAAUGGCAGUAGACCGCUAUGUUGCAGUGUGCUGGCCUCUGCGCUAUGCUUCAAUCAUGUACCCCAGGCUGUGCCACCUCCUGGCAGCAGCUUCCUGGUCCUCAGGCUUUGCUAACUCCUUUCUACAGUCCUCAAUGGCCAUGGUGCUGCCUAAAUGUGGAAACCGGCUUGUGGACCAUUUCUUCUGUGAGCUACUGAUAAUUGUUAAACUGUCCUGCGUGGAUACUGGCCCAACAGAGUCCAAAAUGUUUAUUGCCAGGCUAAUCAUUCUGGGGAUGCCUGUCUCUGUCAUCCUUACGUCUUAUGUGUGCAUUGCCAGAGCAGUAGUUAAAAUGUGCUCGACAGAGGGAAGGAAAAAGGCCUUUGGGACUUGCGCUUCCCACCUAAUGGUGGUUUCACUUUUCUAUGGGACAAUUAUGUUUUUGUACCUGCAGCCAAAGGACCACUACUCCCAGGACCAGAGCAAAGCACUUGCUGUGCUCUACAUGAUUCUUGCACCUACUCUCAACCCCUUAAUCUAUACUCUGAGGAACAAAGAUGUGAAGAAAGCAGUCAGGAAGGUGAUGGGGAAGGAGCAGGUAUAA